ACCACAAAUUCACAGAAGAAGAAUGUCAAUGGCGCUGAGCCACAGAGGAAAGUGAUGAGUGACUACCAAACAGUUUGCAUUUGUCUUUCUUUUGCGAUAUAUUUACAGCCAGACUUUCGUCUUGUCGUCGCGAAGUUGUUGUUAGAUGCUGAGAGAUCUUACUGGUCUGUCUGAGUCUUUCAGCUAGCGUGUGCUAACUAGCUGCUAAAGUGGCUAACGUCGGCGAAGAGAUCAGCAGAUGUUGUCAAGUUAGACUCCAACUUCUUUUAGUCAAUUCUUAAGCCUUAAAUUACACGGACUAGUUCAAAACAUCGGUCAGCAGCUCUACGGACGUAAUUUGUUGAAGUUGAAGCAAGACAACAGUUGCUGUUGUGACACUAAUGGCUCACUCCCCAAUUCAGGGCGGAAUGCCGGGGAUGCAGAAUUUCAGAGCUGAUCCAGAGAAGCUUUUCACCAAGUUGGAUAAGAUAGGAAAAGGCUCCUUUGGUGAGGUGUUUAAAGGCAUCGAAAAUCGGACUCAGAAAGUUGUGGCCAUUAAAAUUAUUGAUCUGGAGGAAGCUGAGGAUGAAAUCGAAGACAUUCAACAGGAGAUCACAGUUCUCAGCCAGUGUGACAGUCCUUUUAUUACUAAGUAUUUUGGAUCAUAUCUCAAGGGUACAAAGUUAUGGAUUAUUAUGGAGUAUUUGGGUGGAGGAUCAGCCCUGGAUUUGUUAGAACCUGGGGCCUUGGAUGAAAGUCAAAUUGCCACAAUUCUGAGGGAGAUUCUGAAGGGUCUUGAGUACUUACAUUCUGAGAAGAAAAUCCACAGAGAUAUCAAAGCUGCAAAUGUGCUGCUGUCAGAACAAGGUGAGGUGAAGCUGGCAGACUUUGGAGUGGCAGGACAAUUGACAGACACUCAAAUAAAAAGGAACACAUUUGUUGGCACUCCCUUCUGGAUGGCACCUGAGGUCAUAAAGCAAUCGUCCUAUGGCUCAAAGGCAGAUAUCUGGUCAUUAGGAAUCACAGCCAUAGAACUGGCUAAAGGAGAGCCGCCACACUCCGAGUUGCAUCCUAUGAAGGUGUUAUUCCUCAUCCCGAAGAACAAUCCACCAAUGCUGGAAGGAAACUACAGCAAACCGCUUAAAGAGUUUGUGGAAGCCUGUUUGAACAAGGAGCCCAGUUUUAGACCAACUGCCAAAGAGUUAUUGAAACACAAGUUGAUUGUAAGGCAUGCCAAAAAGACGUCCUAUCUGACAGAGCUGAUUGACCGAUACAAGAGAUGGAAAGCAGAGCAGUCUCAGGAAGGGUCCAGCUCUGACGAGUCUGAUGAGGAGCCCGAUGUCCAGGCAAUUGGAGGUGAAGACCCCAGCGUUGAUAAAUGGACCUUUAACCCGGGCAGUGAAGAGGACCUAACCGUGCAGCCUCCUAACCCCGAAGGAGAUCCGGUACAAGAAAGUCCUACGAGCCCCGUGUCUCAGAGCUUAUCGACAAUCUUCUCCCCAUUUUUUUCUCAGUUGAAAGCCAAGAAGGACAUGCAUAACGGUAAAACAGAGGCUGCAGAGGAGCUGAAGGAGGCCAUCUAUCUGGCUGAGAAGACAUACCCAGGCAUCUGUGACUCCCUGGUGGCUGAAAUAAUGCACAGACUUCAGAGCUUUUCUGUGCCACACGCUGCCUCCACGCAGUGAGAAGUGUUGCGUCCAGCACGGCUGUUGUUUCCCACCUGGUCGCAGCACUCAGAUGUUUACCUCUGACCUCCACAGCUGGAGUGAAGUUUCACAGGAAGUCCUCCGUCACUCACUUGCCUGAAGCCAGUCCUACUGCUAAAUGUUCGUUUAUACUCUCACAUGCUGCCACCGGUUCCUGAUCAGGACCGUUGGUGUGCAGCCGCCUGCUGCAAGAUAUCUCUUCUCAAUACCUCCUUCACAAGUGUUAAUUGAUCUACGGAGUUAUGAAUGUUUUUCUGCAAGGACUAGAGGCGUAACUUGGAUCAAUUCUGUGUACGCGUGGCUGUGUGGGAUGCGCUUUGAAAUGUGCAGUGGCCGCUGGAGUCUCAGGUAUCCUGCUUUAAGUGAAUCGAGUCCUGUGCAACAUAGAUAUGCCUCACGAGGACGUUUGUACAGACGUGUAAAUAAGCGUGUUUCUACCAGUUGAUGGCAAAAAGAAGAGUUUGUAAUGGAACCACUGUGGACAAACGGCCAAAAGCAAAGUGUAGAUAGCUGUGAAGUAAAUAUUUUCAGUGAGGAAGUUGCCUUUCUUUGUACUUGCUCUUUUGUACAUCAGUAUUUGAUUCCUUCAGUUGUAAAUCUUUUAAGGACUGAUGUAGUGAAUGACUGCCUUCGCUUUAUCUUCUUGUAUUAUUGAGUUAUUCUGUAUUUCAGAGUUAUUUGACAUUCUGUGCUGUGGCUGUAAUAAUAAUGAUUUUGAAGAUGUCAGUAAAACUGGUGGCCGGAUAACUCGAGAAAUGGUUCUUGUUGCCAUCCUCAUUUCCACGAGACUUGGGUUUUGACUGGGUAUUUUUGGAUUUCGAUUCAUAUUUGUUGUGAUUGGUUAAACUGAUUUUUGUCUCUUCAUUCCAUGAACCGGGCAGUGCCAGCAUGUAGUUAAUUAAGCAGACUGUUUCGUCUUCCUCGGCUUGACUACAGCUUUAAUUGCACUUCCAUCAUGAAUGCCUUUGACGUUAAAUCAAGUAGCCAUAACAAAGGGAGGUGGGGGUAGCAUGAGACUUAAUUAGCAGGUAUGUGUCGAGAUAAAAAGGACGUCCUCCUAAGGCUCUAUCUUCACAUUUGACCUGAUGUGAUGAAGGUGGGACGGUUGCAGUAACUGGUUAUAGCCGAUGUACAUAACAAAGCGCCUUUUGGCUGUAGUUUAAAAACACACUGCAUGAGGUAACGUAUGGCGUCUGCAGACCGGAUUGUACAGUAUGUGUUGUAGCAUACGUGGACGAAAGAUUUCAAUCAGCCUUAGUCUUGGAGAUGAAUAGUAUCAGCUUUAAAGUGUUUUGAUUUGUGGCAUUAAAAUGCAUCUGCACUCAUCAAUGAAUGAUCUACAGUAUUUAAUUUCUUGCCAGACAAGCGUGUGCAUGAGUAAAUAGAAAUCCUCUUUUAUGAUCCUGUGUCGAGUCAGGGGAGCUGUUCCUUUAGCCCAACUGCACGGGGUAGAUAAGUUUUGAAGCUUGACCAGAACAUUUCCCAGUUAUGAUGAACUAUAUUUGAUUUAGCUCUGCUGGCUCCUUGUAGAAUACACAGAAAUCAAAUCAGGAAUGAAUUUUUCUCAACCAAUGCUGCAACAUUUUUUCUUUUUUCCUUUUUGUAAUUUUAAAAUCCUUAAAUUCUUCAGUGAAUGUGCCCAAAAACAAGUUGUUUUGCACCUUUUAGAUGGUUUAAUAUAAUUUUGUUUUUAUGUGCUGCACUUUGUAGAUUUAACAAUAAAUGGUACUAUAAUCU